AUGGCCCCCCACGCCGAAGGACCAGCUGCUAAUUCCAGCAACGGCUCGACCACCUCUGCCCGCUACCACGCUUCGUCGACGAAGGCCGCGAUUGAUGCCGAGCACAAGUUCGCCGCCCACAACUACCACCCGCUGCCCGUCGUCUUUGCGCGCGCCCAAGGCGUCGAUGUCUGGGAUCCCGAAGGCAACCACUACAUCGACUUCCUGUCCGCCUACAGCGCCGUGAACCAAGGCCAUUGCCACCCCGAACUGGUCAAGGCCCUCACCGAACAGGCCGGUCGUUUGACGCUAAGCUCGAGAGCCUUCCACAACGAUGUGUUCCCCAAGUGGGCCGAGAAGGUUCAGCAGAUGUUCGGGUACGACAUGGUCCUGCCCAUGAACACCGGCGCCGAAGCUGUUGAGACGGCUAUCAAGAUUGCGAGGAAGUGGGCAUACAAGGUCAAAGGGAUCCCACAGGGCAAGGCCUUGAUCUUCGGGGCCGGGGAAAACUUCCACGGUAGAACGAUGACUGCCGUCACCCUGUCUACCGACGCGGAGUCCAAGGAAAACUAUGGCCCGUACGUACCGAAUGUUGGUGCCGUCUGCCCUUCCACUGGGAAGACCAUUGAAUACAACAACAUCGCCAGCUUGGAGGAGGCGCUCGAGGCGCACGGCAAAGAGACCGCCGCCUUCAUCGUAGAGCCGAUACAGGGAGAGGCAGGAGUGGUAGUGCCAGACGAAGACUACCUGAGCAACGUCCAGGCGCUGUGCAAGAAGCACAAUGUGCUUUUCAUCUGUGAUGAGAUCCAGACCGGAAUUGGCCGAACAGGACGAAUGCUGUGUUCCGAGUGGGCUGGCAUCAAGCCAGAUAUGGUUACCCUUGGUAAAGCCAUCUCUGGUGGCAUGUAUCCGGUCAGCUGUGUUCUCAGCAGCAAGGAGAUCAUGCUUGUCGUGGAGCCUGGUACGCACGGCUCGACCUACGGCGGAAACCCCCUAGGCUGUGCCGUCUCUAUUCGAGCGCUGGAGACCAUGGAAGAGGAGCAGCUUACCCAGAAGGCCGAGAAACUUGGUAACAUCUUCAGGGAUGGACUGGCUUCGCUCAAAUCGCCAGCCAUCAAGACCAUCCGUGGUAAGGGGUUGUUAAAUGCUGUUGUGAUUGAUGAGUCACAGACCAACGGUCACUCCGCUUGGGACCUCUGCCUUCUUCUCAAGGAGAAGGGUCUCCUGGCCAAACCGACACACGGCAACAUCAUCCGUUUCGCACCACCAUUGGUCAUAAGCGAAACACAGCUUCGGAAAGCCAUGGGGAUCAUCGGCGACGCAUUGCAAGAACUACCAAAGAUGAAGAAGCACGAGGAUGCCCACCCUAAGUUGGAGAAUUGA